UCAUCAUUCACCCUCCUUUCUCUUCCUCAAGAAACUUGAAAUUCAAGAACUUUUUUACUCUUGACAAUGUCUGGCCGUGGAAAGGGUGGAAAAGGGUUGGGAAAGGGAGGAGCAAAGCGUCAUCGGAAAGUUCUCAGGGAUAACAUCCAGGGAAUCACGAAGCCAGCGAUCAGGAGACUGGCCAGGAGAGGAGGAGUGAAGAGGAUCAGCGGUCUGAUCUAUGAAGAGACAAGAGGUGUUUUGAAGAUCUUUUUGGAGAAUGUUAUUCGUGAUGCUGUCACCUACACUGAGCACGCUCGUAGGAAGACUGUGACAGCCAUGGAUGUUGUGUAUGCUUUGAAGAGGCAGGGAAGAACUUUGUAUGGAUUCGGAGGUUAAUAGAUCUAAGAAGUGGGUAGUGAAUAUUUUGCUUAAAUUGUUGUAAUGAAUCAUAUCGAUUUUUGGCACAAUUUGGUUACAUGUUAUCAAUGUUUUGUUGUUUGGGAAAGUGUAAUUGAAUGGAAAUCUUUUCUGAUUUGACGAA